AUGCCAAUUGGCGAUGUCUACGCUGGCGUUGAUGUGGGAUCCUCUUCGAUCCGUGUCGCUGUCAUUGAUGAUCAGGGUGUGAUUCUCCAGGUUGAGACGGAGCCCUUGGUGUACAGCCAAAGCAAUAUUGAUUCAAGAUUUGUGACACAAUCUUCAAAGCAAAUAUGGGACUCUUACCAAAUAUGUAUGGAGAGAAUCAACGAUAAACUCAGUUUUGGUUUGAAAAUCAAAAGUAUCGGAUGUGCUGCUACUUGUUCCAUGGUUGUUCUGAAAAGGGGCCAGGACGACAGACUUCAUCCUUAUCCUGCUGAUUAUGGGUUUUCAGAUCCCAAUCAAAAUGUUGUAUUCUGGAUGGAUUCAAGAGCAUCUGAGGAGACCAGGACUAUAAAUGAAAUACUGAAAGGAGACCCUAUACUAGAUUAUUAUGGUGGUGCAUUCAUCCAGGAGAUGGGCAUUCCAAAAGUGAAGUAUUUGAUUGAUCAUAUACCCAAAGAAGAUUUGGACAGUAUUGUGUUUUUCGAUCUCCAUGAUUUCUUAACAUUUAUGAUAGCUGGUGGGAAGAAAUCUGAAAAUGCAAUCAAUGUUUCUAAUUUUUACAACCCAAUGGCGCUGGAUGGUGAGCUCAAAGGUUGGUCGUCAUCAUUUUUGAAAAGAAUUGGGUUGACUCGACUCGUUGAUGAGGAUUUCAGGGCAAUUGGAAGAGUUGAAAAGUCGCCAUACAAAUCAUUCAUAUCAAUCCCUCCAGCUGGGUCUAGGAUUGCAACUGCAGAUGAUGGUGUUGUUGUAACUCAGGGGGUUAUUGACUGUUACUCUGGUUGGAUCGCGUCUUGUGGUAAAGAUUUUUCAAACUCAUUAACAAUGAUUGCAGGAACUUCAACUUGUUUCUUGCUAAGUCACAAAGUUUCUGAACCUAUAACUGGUAUUUGGGGUCCAUUUAAAGGCGUUUUGAAUGAUCAUUAUGUUUCAGAAGGAGGUCAAUCAACCACGGGGAAACUUCUUGAGCAUCUCUUUGAAACUCAUCCUGCCUUUAAAGAGCUUGAAAAACUUGGUCCUGAUGUUAUACAUUAUCUCACUAAGAACAUGUUUUUGUACGGUGACCUUUCAGGAAAUCGUACACCAUAUGCUGAUGGUGAUAUGAGAGGUGUAUUCAUUGGUGAAUCAACAGAUAAUUCUUUACGUGACUUGUUGCUAAGAUAUAUCUGUAUUUUAGAAUUUCUUGCUCUUCAAACUAGACAAAUUUUGUCAAUGUUAACUAAGCAUCAUAUAAACAAAAUCAUUAUUUCAGGGAGUCAGGCAAAAAAUUUAAGAUUUGUGAAACUGUUGGCUAAAGUGACCAAGCUCCCCGUUGAAGUAAGUGAUACUGAUCCUAGAUUUUCAGGUGUCAAAGGGGCUGCUUACCUGGGUCUUUCAGGCUACAAAAAUAUUCCAUUAACAGAUGUUAUUGAAUCAUUGAAUAAAGAAGGUACGGUAUACUCACCAGAUUUGAGUGAUGAAAGACUGUUGAGGUUGUUAGACGUGAAGUAUAAAGUGAUGAUAGAUAUGGCUGAAAGACAAAGACUAUAUAGAAGCUGGGUUUCUACUGCAUUAAAGUAA